UCCUCCUCUGCUUCCUGUCUCCUACCGGCUGCCUGGUUCCCUCUCUCCACCAGGGAGGGCUGUGUGUUCACGGUAAGCAUCACAAUCCUGCUCUUCCUUCAUCUCAACUGGAUUUUCCCUCUCUCCUCUUUUGUGCCUCCUCCCUUUUUGUGAUGAAUCAUUAUCCUCUCUCUGCCUGUGUUAUUUCAGGGAUUGUGGGUGCUGCUGUAUGUGGAGGCUAGUUAGUCAGGGAUUGCAUGCAGGCAGCCUCCCAUCUUUAUACUCCAUUAUCAGAGAGAGCGAGAGAGAGAGAGAGAUGAGGGCUGUGACUCAGGGAAGCAGAUCUGGCUGUACGGUAGAGACACUAGAGAGAUAGACAUGCAGAAGACUGUUCUGUGUUCCUUUUAGGAGAAUGUGCCACAGCUCAUAGCAGAAAAUGGCGAUUCUAGCACAGUUCCCCAGCUAAAGCAGGCAAGGGAGCAGACAGACAGACAGCGUUCCCGUCACAAACUGGAUCAUGGUUUUAAGGUGGACCAGAAGAUGUAGCUGAGGACGACAGGCUGACAGAAGGCUGAAGACACUAGAGAAGGUUCUCAGGUGCUUCCUCCGGGGAGGGGGGGGGCUUGGUCCCUUGGAGCACCACCUCCAGAGCUUCACCAUGUCCAAGAAGUGGCCCGGGGGGGCUGGGGGCCGAGGCAAGAUGGACAGGGCCGAUACGUUGGCGGCCCUGCAGGCUGCCAAUGAAGACCUGAGGGCCAAACUCACAGACAUCCAGAUCGAACUGCAGCAGGAGAAAAGCAAGGUUAGUAAGCUGGAGAGAGAGAAGAGCCAUGAGGUGAGACAUGAGCAACACAAGUCUACAGUGGUGGUGGGACUGAGCUGAAGGCCAAGCUCCACGAGGAGAAGACUACAGGAGCUCCAGGGGCUCAGGGAG